AUGGCAUCUUUUAAUUGCAAAUUGAGUUUGAUUUUCUUGAUCAUUGUGUCAAUGUCAUUUUUUCAUCAAGCUAUGGCUGCACCCUAUGAUUCCACCCCCACCAUUAGCCCCACUACGUUUAAAGCCAUGCCUUGGAAACAAGCUUUUGCCACAUUUUAUGGAGACGAAACUGCUUCUGAAACAAUGGGUGGAGCUUGUGGAUAUGGAAACUUGUUUAAUUCAGGUUAUGGAACAGCAACAGCAGCAUUGAGCACAGUAUUAUUUGGCAAUGGAUAUUCAUGUGGUCAAUGUUUUCAAAUAAUGUGUGUGAAAUCAAAAUUUUGCUAUACAGGGUUCACCACAAUUACAGCCACAAACCUUUGUCCACCUAAUUGGUCCCAAGAUUCAAACCAUGGUGGAUGGUGCAACCCACCACGUCAACAUUUUGACAUGUCAAAACCUGCUUUCAUGAAAAUUGCCCAAUGGAAGGCUGGCAUUGUCCCCGUAUCGUACCGCAGGGUACCUUGUGUUAAGAAAGGUGGGAUUAAAUUCGCGCUCCAAGGAAACGGUUACUGGUUAUUGGUAUACGUGAUGAACGUGGCGGGAGGUGGUGACGUGGCAAGCAUGUGGGUGAAAGGAAGCAAAACAGGAUGGAUUAGCAUGAGCCACAAUUGGGGAGCAUCAUAUCAAGCAUUUGCAACACUUUCAGGCCAAGCACUUUCAUUCAAGCUCACUUCAUACACAUCUCAUGAGACAAUUAUAGUUAAUAAUGUUGCACCUUCUAAUUGGCGUGUAGGCAUGACUUACCAAGCCAAUGUCAACUUCCAUUAGUCGAGUCAGUAGAUUCUGAAUAUUUUCUUCUGAGCCCUCUAGAAGUCCCGAUCCCGAGCCUCAAUUAUAGGCAAUAUUUUUCGCCUUCACUUUUUUUUUUAUCUAGGCGCCCUUCAAGGAGUGGUAUGACCAUCUUUUUCCUCUUGUUGUUAUUUGUCAUAAAACUUUUAUUUUGUGAUAUUGUACCUAGUCUUUCAUCACUAUU